UGGAGGAAGCAUGGCCGACCACCUGGUGGACGGUCCGCCUAGCAAGCGACCGAAACUCGAUCCAUUUCAGGGUCCUUCUGAUUCGGCAGUGGGUAUGGCGCCUCUAAUGAUGCACCAUGCUUAUACAAACUACGGGGGAGGUGGCAGUGGUAACAUGCAACAAAUGCAGGGCCCGCCACAACAGCUACACCUGCAACAGCAUCAGCUGGAGCUACAUUGGAACAACCAUAUCGUCCAGAAAAGAAAUUACAUAACAAACACAGAUAUGUUUGAUCUUGAAAAUGAUCUUCCUGAUGAUCUGCUAUCGUCGGGGUCUUGGGGAUCUGCUACUGAAAGUGCUAAACCACCGGCGACAGGUCCAGGUCCAGGUCCAGGGCAACAAAAUGGAACGCUUGAAUCAGAAUUACGUCAGCAUGUACAGCAACAGCAACAGCAGCAACAACAGCAGCAACAACAACAACAACAAUUAUCUCAUCACCUUAUCCAGCAGCAGAUUUUUUCCAAUCAGGGAAAUAAAAACUUGGUUGCGAAUUCGUUGGUAAUGGCUGCUGGAAGUUUGGGUAGCAAAAGUCCAAACAUGCAAUCUCCACCGAAUGUUUCCGUCUCUAAAGGAGUUGUCGACCCACAAAUGGUCGUGAGUCUUGGAAACUUACCUAGCAGUAUAGCUAGUUCUUUGGCAAACAAUCAAAUGUCCAUUGCAAAUUCAAUGGGAAAUCUUCAAUCGUCAAUGAGUAUGGCCGGAACUAAUCCUACUAUGUCUAUGCCGGGUGCAAUGAACUCUGGUUUAGUCAUGACGAGUAGUGCUAGUGGAAAUAAUAGUAUGGGUGGAAUGGCAGGUGGAAGUUUAAUUGUAACCAACAGUUUAAACAAGCAACCUCUAAAUACAGUAUCCAUGAUGGGACCGAAUACUCAAGGAAUUCAUCAUCCUAGCGGGCCUCACGGCGUAGCUCAAAUGCAAAAUGGUCCUGGAAUGAUUAAUACUAGAGCUGUAGCUAUGCAGCAACAGCAACAAGCCCAUAUGGUAGGUUCUGCGAAAGGCCAAAGUCCUCACCAACAAGUACACCAAGUUGGAAUAGUUGGCCCAGGACAAGGUGGUCCAAGAAUGCAAGCACCUCCCAAUAUGACGAAUAUGCCCAAUAUGGGACAACUUGGUGCUUCCAGUCCAUAUGGCUAUGGAUCUCCGGGUACUGGAGCAGGUCCUGGAGCUACCGUAUGUACUAACAAUCCUGUUGGUGUAAUUGCACCUCAACAGAAAGCUGUAACAACAAAUAUGGCUGCUAUGCAAGCUGGAAGAUUUGGAGCUUCGGCUGGUCCUAUUGGAACCACUAAUGUUACAGGUGGUCAAGAAGGUGGUAUGGCACAACAAGCACAACCACCUGCACCAAGUCCAGCUCAACCUCAAUCGGGAGCACCAAGUGGUGGACAACCAGGACCGCAACAAGCUACUCAAAGUCAAAUGCCUGGUACUGGUGCGCCAACGGGUGCUUCAAAAUCGACUGCGGAUCCAGAAAAACGUAAAUUAAUUCAACAACAAUUAGUACUUCUUCUCCAUGCACAUAAAUGUCAAAGACGAGAAAGCCAAUCUAAUGGUGAAAUGUGGCAAUGCACAUUGCCAGACUGUAAGACUAUGAAAAAUGUUUUGACGCAUAUGACUACCUGUCAAGCGGGUAAAAAUUGUACAGUGCCACACUGUAGUUCAUCUAGACAAAUUAUCAAUCAUUGGAAACACUGUAAUCGAAGUGACUGUCCUGUUUGUUUGCCUUUGAAACAAGCAAGUAGAAAUAGGACUACAAAUUCUGUUGGAGCUACUCAACCAAAUCCAAGUCCAUCAGAAAUGAGGAGAGCAUAUGAUGCUUUGGGUAUAACGUGUCCUACGACGACUACUGGCUUGUUAGCUCCUCAAGGUGUUGGUAGAGGUGUUAGAAUGCCAACGGUUCAAAUGCAAGGACCACCAGGUACUAUCGGAAAUGUUAGAUUGACGCAACCUCAAACACAAGCUGCUCCAGGACAGUCUGUGGUUGGUGCAGGUCAACAGGUAGUGGCCCCAAACGUAUCCUUACCAUUAAACUCGGAUCCAAACACGGUUGGUGUAGCUGGUAAUCAAACCGCUCCAACGAGUGGCCCAAUGCCAGCAGCAGCGGCGACAGCUGCUAAUAUACAACAAUCUGUAAACAUGCAACAAUUGUUUGGUGGUUUCAACGAGUCGGGACAGCCUGGUGUUUUAGGAGAAAAUAAACUUUCCGGUUUACAACUACCAGCUGGACUACAACCAGGACAAGUAACCGCCACACCGGUACAAGAGACUAAAAUUUGGCAUCAAACGGUAACGCCAGAUCUAAGGAAUCACCUUGUUCACAAAUUGGUCCAAGCAAUAUUUCCAACUCCUGAUCCGCAAGCGAUGCUUGAUAAACGGAUGCACAAUUUAGUCGCUUACGCUAGGAAAGUAGAAGGUGAUAUGUACGAGAUGGCCAAUUCUAGGUCGGAGUACUAUCACUUGUUGGCUGAGAAAAUUUAUAAGAUACAAAAGGAAUUGGAGGAGAAACGGCAGAAAAGAAAAGAGCAACAGCAACAGCAACAGCAAUUGCAAGCGGCUCAACAACAACAACAACCACAACCGUCAGGUGCACCUGGUCCUGAUUUACGGCCAUGCGCGCCACAAGAUGUUGGUGGGAUUCUACCGUCAAGGCCAGUUGGCAAGGUACCACCAAAUUUAAGGAGGCAUUCACCGAAUAUGGGUCAAAUUGGACCAUUAUCGGGCAUGGGGAUUCAACAUAAUCGAAUGCAAUUUCCACAACAACAACAACAACAACAAGCUGCUCAGCAACAACAGCAACAGCAACAACAACAACAGCAACAACAGGCGGCACAGCAGCAACAACAACAGCAAGCUCAACAGGCACAACAACAACAAAUACAGCAGCAGCAACAGCAGCAGCAACAACAACAACAACAGCAAGCUCAACAGGGAUUACUUGUUGGUCCUUCUGGGCCCAGUCCAAAUGGACAAUCAACGUCUAAUUCAAGUAUGGUUCAAAAUUCUGGUCUCAGUCCAUUCGGUCAGGCACAAAUGUCGCAGGCUAAUUUAACCACGACAACUACAUCAGCAACGACUAGUCAAUUUCCAACCUCCAACGGCACUUCCAGUUUACCUAACAGUAGUCCCGUACAAAAUCAACAUCAAUUUCCUGAUAUCAUGAAAGUCAGGCUUGCUCAAGUUCAAGUGGUGCAGCAGCAGCAACAACAACAGCAGCAACAGCAACAACAACAACAGCAACAACAGCAGCAGCAACAACAACAGCAACAGCAACAACCGCAAAGUGUACCACAGCAACAGCAACAACAACAACCGCAAACUGUGCCACAACAACAACAACAGCAACAGCCACAAAAUCAACAACAACAACAACCAACAAGUACUUCGAAUCAAAGUGCUGCAGCCACUGCAAUGCCACAAGCACCCUCGCCGUUCAGUAAUAUUCAACAACAAAGUAAUCAGCAACAAAAUCAACAAUUUAGUAAUAAUCGACCAUUGUCAGCUUCGACGCCUGGCGAUGCUAGCAUAACUACAACAACACCACAAACUAUACCUCCUCCUGCAUCCAGUGGACCCAUUCCUAGUCCUGUUACAACAACAAAUGGACCUCAAUCUACAACUUCCACUCCUAACACGCCAAUAGUUCCUUCGUUAAUGACUCCAAACCAGACUGUAUCUUCCGCUAAUCAGACUCCACCUCAUCCUGGUACGACACCAUCGCCAGCUGGUCUUGCAAGUUUGGGGAAAGGUAUGACUUCCCAAGAAAGGGCAGCGUUAAAUGCGCCAAGAAGUUCGUCGAUGUCUUCGCAAAUGGCUGCCAUAACAGCAGCCUUGGAUCGUGAUAAUUCUCCUAGUCCGCCAAUGAACAAUAAUAAAGGCAAAUUAGAUUCGAUUAAAGAAGAAAAUAUGAAGAUGGAAACUAAACAAGAAGACGGAUCAGAAAUUGAAUGGAUAAGGGAUAGGAUGGACGGUGGUAAAAAUGUUAACAACGAUGUGUCCAUUAAAACUGAAAUCACAAAUGAACCUAUGGAAGAAGGUUCAGCCGAAGGUGUUGUCAAAGAUGAAUCUACUGGUAUAAAAGAAGAAACAGUUACUUCUAUGUCAAGUCAAGAUACCACAGCAUCUGAUAUAAAACCACUUGUUCCUGAACCGAUACAACCAAGUGGUACAUCAUCCGACAAGAAAAGACUAUGUUUGUUUAAACCUGAUGAAUUACGUCAAGCUCUUAUGCCUACGCUUGAUAAACUGUAUCGACAGGAUCCAGAAUCUUUACCAUUCAGGCAGCCUGUCGAUCCUCAAGCAUUAGGUAUACCUGAUUAUUUCGACAUAGUUAAAAAACCAAUGGACCUUUCAACGAUCAAAAGAAAAUUAGAUACGGGACAAUAUAGUGAUCCUUGGGAAUAUGUUGAUGAUGUUUGGAUGAUGUUCGACAAUGCUUGGCUUUAUAAUCGCAAAACUUCACGAGUUUAUAGAUAUUGUACAAAGUUAUCGGAAGUUUUUGAACAAGAAAUAGACCCAGUGAUGCAAGCUUUAGGAUACUGUUGUGGUAGGAAAUACACAUUCAACCCACAAGUACUUUGUUGCUAUGGGAAACAGCUGUGUACGAUACCAAGAGAUGCUAAAUACUACUCGUAUAAGAAUAGUCUAAAGGCAUAUGGUCUUAUUUCCGACAGAUACACCUUCUGUCAGAAAUGUUUCAACGACAUACCUGGUGACACUGUGACGUUAGGAGAUGAUCCAACACAACCACAAACUGCCAUCAAGAAAGAACAGUUCCAGGAGAUGAAGAAUGAUCAUUUAGAAUUAGAGCCUUUCGUUGUGUGCACAGACUGCGGUAGGAAAGUACAUCAAAUUUGUGUAUUACAUAUGGAACAAAUUUGGCCAUUAGGAUUUACCUGUGAUAAUUGUCUAAAGAAGAAAGGACAGAAACGUAAAGAAAAUAAGUUUAACGCCAAACGUUUGCCAGUAACAAAAUUAGGAACUUAUAUCGAAACGCGCGUAAACAAUUUUCUUAAAAAGAAAGAAGCUGGUGCCGGUGAGGUAGCCAUUAGAGUUGUUGCGUCUAGUGAUAAAGUUGUAGAAGUGAAGCCAGGAAUGAGAAGUAGAUUCGUAGAAAAUGGUGAUAUGCCUGGUGAAUUUCCAUACCGUGCUAAGGCAUUAUUUGCAUUUGAAGAAGUCGAUGGAACAGACGUAUGUUUUUUUGGUAUGCAUGUACAAGAAUAUGGAAGCGAAUGCACUCCACCAAAUACAAGACGAGUAUACAUAGCAUACUUGGAUUCUGUACAUUUCUUCCGGCCUAGACAAUUUCGUACUGCUGUUUACCACGAAAUACUUCUUGGAUAUUUAGACUACGCUAAACAACUUGGUUAUACCAUGGCUCAUAUUUGGGCUUGUCCACCAUCGGAAGGAGAUGAUUAUAUAUUCCACUGCCAUCCUCAAGAACAAAAAAUUCCUAAGCCUAAACGACUGCAAGAGUGGUAUAAGAAAAUGUUGGAUAAAGGAAUUAUGGAGAGAAUAGUACUCGAUUACAAGGAUAUUUUGAAGCAAGCAAUGGAGGAUAAAUUAUCCUCGGCAGCAGAUUUGCCAUAUUUUGAGGGUGACUUUUGGCCAAAUGUAUUGGAAGAAAGUAUUAAAGAAUUGGAUCAAGAAGAAGAAGAAAAACGUAAACAAGCUGAAGCUGCUGAGGCUGCUGCAGCUGCAGCGAAUGCUAUCUUUUCAUUGAAUGAAGAUUCUGAAACUGGUCCAGAUGGUAAGAAAAAAGGACAGAAAAAGGCUAAGAAGUCUAAUAAAUCUAAAGCAAAUCAAAGAAAAAAUAGUAAAAAGUCUAACACGCCUCAAACUGGUAAUGAUCUUUCUGCAAAAAUCUUUGCGACCAUGGAGAAACACAAAGAAGUUUUCUUCGUAAUUAGGUUGCAUAGUGCUCAAAGUGCAGCCAGUUUAGCACCGAUUCAAGAUCCGGACCCUGUUAUUAAUUGUGAUCUUAUGGAUGGACGUGAUGCUUUCUUAACAAUGGCUAGAGAGAAACAUUACGAAUUCUCAUCUUUAAGACGAGCGAAGUUUAGCUCAAUGUCAAUGUUGUAUGAAUUACAUAAUCAAGGUCAAGAUAAAUUCGUUUAUACUUGCAAUAAUUGUAAGAGUCACGUUGAAACGAGAUACCAUUGUACUGUCUGUGAUGAUUUUGAUUUAUGCAUCAGUUGUAAAGAAAAGGAUGGACAUCCUCAUCAUAUGGAGAAACUUGGUUUAGAUUUGGACGAUGGAUCAUCGCCAGUUGAUGCAAAACAAGUAAAUCCGCAGGAAGCAAGAAAGCUGUUGAUACAGAGAUGUAUUCAAUCAUUAGUACAUGCUUGUCAAUGUAGAGACGCUAAUUGUCGGUUACCUAGUUGUCAAAAGAUGAAGAGAGUAGUAACGCAUACUAAAGUGUGCAAGAGAAUGACAAGUGGUGGUUGUCCGAUCUGCAAGCAAGUGAUAACGUUGUGCUGUUGUUAUCAUACGAAGCACUGCCAAGAAACCAAGUGUCUUGUUCCGUUCUGUUCAAAUAUCAAGCAUAAAUUAAAACAACAGCAACUUCAGCAACGUUUGCAACAAGCACAACUGUUAAGGAGGAGAAUGGCUGUGAUGAAUACACGACCUACUGGACCAGUUGGAGCUAUGCAAGCAGGACAACAAACUUCAAACGUUGCAAUAGUUGCCGGUGUUCCUAUAAAACCUGGUGUUAGUCCAACGAAUUUACCAUCACCGCAUCAACCAGGAAUUGGUUUGAAGCCUGGUACGCAGACACCACCGGCACAUGUUUUGCAAGUUGUGAAACAAGUGCAAGAGGAAGCUGCGAGGCAACAAGCACCGCAUGUUGGUUAUGGUAAAGUAACACCAGGUGGUGGAGUGGGAGUGAGUGGUCAGGCAGGUGGUGUUAUGCCACCUCCACAAAUGCAACGACCGAUGCCUGUGCAAAUGCCAAAUCCUGCUGGUACACAUCUUAUUCCUAUGGAUCAAUGGACCGGCAGGUACCAACCUAACGCUGUGAUGCAACAAAAUCCUGGGUUGAGGCAACAAACGCCUCAACAGUUGAUGCAACAACAGCAACAACAUCAGGGUCAACCGACUAUGGCAAUGGGUGGUCAAAUGCCAAGGCAACCAGGUGUUAUCGGAGGUCCGGUAGGUCAAGUGGCACCUGCUCAAGCUCAAAGCAAUAUGCACAAGCAUGCCUUGCAGCAAUUAAUGCAGACACUCAGAAGUCCUCAUACUCCUGAACAGCAAAACCAAAUACUACAAAUACUCAAGAGUAAUCCACCUUUGAUGGCCGCUUUUAUAAAGCAACGGGCACUUGCCCUUCAGCAACAAACUGGUCAGCACGGCGGUGGAGUAAGUGGACCAUUGGGUCCUAAUCAGCCUCAACAACAACAACCUGAUUUGCAGCAUAUGAUGUCUCAGCAGCAGCAGCAGCAACAGCAGCAGCAGCAGCAACAACAUCCUCAGCAGCAGCAGCAGCCAGGAAGGAUGCAAAUACAGGCGAUGUUGAAUCAGCAGCAGCAGCAGCAACAGCAACAACAGCAACAGCAGACGGUUCAACAACAAACGCAAUGGUAUAAGCAACAAAUGUUGGUUAUGCAAAGGCAACAGCAACAACAACAGGCUCAACAGCAGCAGCAGCAACAACAGCAACAGCAACAACCCUUCACGCAACCACCUGCUCCACCAUAUGGCCAACAGAGACCGAUCAGGCCAUCUUUGCUUGGUUAUGGUGGAUUUAACGAGCAAAGUUACGGUCAGCCAGGAUUGAAGCCAACACCGCCACCAGUACCUUCGCCUCAAGGUGUUAUGGGACCUCCAGGUAUAUCCGUACAACAACAGCUUAUGCAAUCUGUUCGUUCACCGCCGCCGAUUAGAUCGCCGCAACCAAAUCCUUCACCGAGGCCGGUUCCAUCGCCACGUAAUCAACCAGUUCCUUCGCCCCGUUCUGGCCCAGUACCAUCACCCCAUCAUCAUCCACCUCACGGGACACCGACUCAUUCACCUGCUCAUGAACUCGGUGGUCCUAGUGAAAUGAUGUUAUCGCAAUUGAGCGGCGGUGGUGGUGCACCAACUGGUCAUCCUGCUACUAUGCCGCAUCAUCCGUCACCUGCCCCACCACCAACCAGUGGUACAGACACAAGUGAAGUGACACCUAUGACGCCGCAAGACCAACUCUCGAAAUUCGUUGAAGGGUUGUAGUGACUGUUAGUGACGUUCGUUGUUUAUUAAGUGACUUUUAUUAAAACUUAGGAGAAGACACCUUUCGCUAUGUACUAUAUAAAUAACAAUAUAUAUAUAUAUACAUACAUACAUAUAUAUAUAUAUAUAUAUGUGUGUGGAGGUAAAAAAGAGAUUAAACAUUUUCUCAUACUCGGGGUUGUUUGACGACACCAUUAGCUAAACUCUUAUUCGCUGUGUUUUUAUCGCCGCUAAAAAAAAAAGCUGUUUGCCGCUGUUCUUUAUUGCUGUAUUAGUUGCUGUCUUGCUGUCCUCGUCGUCGUCGUCGUCGUCGUUGUCGUCGUCGUCGAUUCAUCGAUCAUCGUCGUCGUUGUCGUCGAUUCAUCGAUCAUCGUCGUCGUCGUUGUCUUCGUCGUCGUCGUCGUCGUCGUUGUUAUCGUCGUCGUCGUCGUCAUCGUUGUGUCGUCGUCGUUCUCGUCGUCGUCGUCGUCGUCGUCGUCGUCGUCGUCAGCAGCUAAUCAGCUCAAAAAUCGACCCUCAACCCUCGACCCUCUCGCCAACUGCCCACCCUCACCCCAUGAUCAGUCAAUCAGCUGGCAUAAUUAAACACAAAGAGAGCUGGCUGUGACUCGAGAGACGGAUUCGGAAACAAUCUGUCGAAAGAAAGAAAGGAGAAAUAAAAAAAGAAACUUUUUUGUGCGACAGAAAUAAUAAUAAUAAUAAUAAUAUUAAUAUUAAUAAUAAUAGUAAUAAUGAUAAUAGUAAUAAUAAUUAAUAAUAAUUAAUAAUUAAUAAUAAUAAUUAUUAUUAUAAUAAUUGUAAGAAGAAGAAGAAGAAGAGGAAGAGGAAAAAGAAGAAAAGAAAGAAGAAAAAGAAGAUGAUGAUGAUGAUGAUGAUGAUGAUGAUGAUGAUAAUGAUGAUGAUGGUGAUAAUGAUGAUUAUGAUGCUGGUGAUGAUGAUGAUGAUGAUGAUGGUGAUGAUGAUGAUGAUGAUAAUGAUGAUGAUGAUGAUGAUUCUGAUGAAGACUAUUUCCAUCCGUUCUGCGUUCCUAAACUAUAAAAAAAAAAGAAAAAAAACACUUUGUGAAAUUUAGUUAACGAUGUGUGACUAAUAAUUCUCAUCUCUACUUUAAACAACAUUUAACACUUAAACAUACUUAAAACAAAAUACACACAUUUAUACAUACAUACAAUAUAUACGUAACACACAUUAUAUAUAUAUAUAUAUAUAUAUAUAUAUAUAUAUAUAAAACAAAGCAAAGAAAAUACGAACAAAUGAGUUGUACUUGGGAAAAAAUUAAUUAAGAAACUGCGAGUGCACAUGCGCAUGCGCGCGCGCUAUUACACUUAUAUAUCAUUAUUCUUAAACUAGUGUGAUACAAUCAUUCGUUUCUUCUUUUCUUUUCUUUUCUUUUUUUUCCCUUUAUUUUAUUUCAUUUUAUUUUUUUUAUUUUUUUUUUCUAAACUUCCCUUCCUGCCACCCAUCCCAUCUACUCACUACCCCUAUUUAAUAUAUAUAUAUAUACAUAUAUAUAUAUAUAUAUUUGUAAUUGAAAUUGCAAUUGAUAGAAAAAAAGAGUGAGAGAGAGAUCUAAAUUAAUGGCUGACUUCAUUUAUUAUUAUUAUUAUUAUUAUUAUUAUUAUUAUUAUUAUUAUUAUUAUUAUUAUUAUUAUUAUUAUUAUUAUUAAAAAUGAAAGAAAAAUAAAUAACAAUAACAGAGAAAAAGAAAUUAUUGUCUCUCAUCGAAUAAGAAAUCUGAAAAAUUCUAUAGAAUUAAAAAAAAGAAAAAGAAAAAAACAAAACUGUCCUUAUACACAUAUACAUUUACACACAUGCACACACACAUACAAGUUUCAAUCCUCACUAUGGUUUUCUCAAAAUUACCACACUACCCCACCUAAUCUCCCACUACCACCCACUUACCACCCUAAAUUCUUCGCUGCUGCUAAUGCAGUAAGCUAAGUGAAAUCGUACAAAUGUGUUGUGUAUACUUAAAAUGUUAAUUAAAAUAAUUAUUAAUAGUUCAAAAUACUAUUAGCUCGUAUUAAAUAAUAUUACAUGCAGUUUAUUAUUAUUAUUAUUAUUAUUAUUAUUAUUAUUACUAUUAUUAUUGUCAUUGCUAUUAUUAUUAUUAUUAUUAUUAUUAUUAUUAUUAUUAUUAUUAUUAUUAUUAUUAUUAUUAUUAUUAUUAUUAUUAUUGUCAUUAUUAUUAUUACUAAUAUUAUUACUAAUAUUAUUACUAUUAUUAUUAUUAUUGUCAUUAUUAUUAUUCUUAUUAUUAUUACUAUUAUUAUUAUUAUUGUCAUUAAACGCACGCACGUAUACAUACACACACAUACACGACACGAAUGAAAAUUAUUAUUAUUAUUAUAAAUAUAGUUAAGAAAGAAAGAAAGAAAGAAGGGGUUGAGGUGUGAGAAGAAAACAAAGAGGAAGGGGAAAAGUAAUUUAAGAAAAGAAAAUUAACAAAUAAAGAAAGGAUAAAAGACAUGUUUGCAAAAAAGAGCAACAAAGAUGGAGAGAAGGAGAGAGCAAAAUAGAGAUUAAAAUGAAAAAUAAUGUUUAAGUUUAAGACUAUGAUUUGUUAAUUAAUAGACCUGCAUUAUUAUAAUAUUUACUGAUAAAACCACUCAUUAAAAAGAAAGAGAAAGAGAGAUGGAGAACAUUUUUUUGUAAAGCCAAUAAGAAACAAAAAAAGAAAAAGAAAGAAACUCAUUGUGGUAUAUAAACAACAGACUAUUGAAAUAUAAUUUGUCGAAUAAAAUGGUCAAUCGUUUGUUGAGAUAGUAGUAAUGAUCUACAAUGAUCUAUGAUCGAGAAUUAUUUCCUUCUUCUUCUUUUUUUUCUUUUGAGAGAGGGGGUUGGCAGGACUGAGACGAGGAUAGAAAUAAAAAGAACUACAAACACACACGCAGAUUAGAACGGUGUCGCAACCAAAUAUAAAUAUAUAUAUAUAUAUAUAUAUAUAUAUAUAUAUACAUAUAUAUGUAUGUAUAUAUAUUUAAGAAACAGAAGAUUACAAACAACUAUAUUAUUAUUAUUAUUAUUAUCAUUAUUAUUAUUAUUAAUAUUAUAUUAUUAUUAUAUUAUUAUUAUAUUAUAUUAUUAUAUUAUAUUAUAUUAUUAUAUUAUAUUAUAUUAUAUUAUAUUAUAUUAUAUUAUAUUAUAUUAUAUAAAACAAAACGUAAACGAAACGAAAGAAAUAUUAAAAUUAGAUGAUUCUUACGACGACAGGCUGCUAUACAUACAUAUAUAUAUAUAUAUAUUUGUGUAUAUAUAUAUAUAUAGAUGUAUAUAUAUGUGUGUAUACAUAUAUGUAUACAUAUAUAAGACAUAUACACAUAUAUAUAUAUUUGUUUUAGUGCACACACGAUUUAUUAUUAUCAUAAUAAUUAUAGUUGUAAUAAUAAUAAUAAUAAUAAUAAUGAUUAAUGAUUAGUAAUUAAUAAUUAAUAUUAAUAUUAGUAAUAAUAAUAAAGAAAUCGUCUCUUAUAUGUAUAUGUAUAUCAAAUUCUUUUCCACGCGAAGCGACCAUUUUUAUUUUUAUUUUUACUUUCUUGUUUUUUUCUCUCCCUUUUAUACUAUUAUUAUAAUUAUAAUUAUAAUUACAAUUAUUAUUAUUAUUAUUAUUAUUAUUAUUAUUAUUAUUAUUACUAGAAUUAUUAUUAUUAGAAUUAUUAUUAUUGUUAUUAUUAUUAUAACUUCUAUUUUUAUUUCCACUUUUAUUUUUAUUAUUAUUAUUAUUAUAAUUUUAUUUUUUUCCUCUCUUUUUUUCUCUCCCUUGCGUAUCUUUAUGGCGUAUUAACUAACAAGAGAUUCGCAAAGAUGAUGAUGGCGAUGACGAUGAUGAUUAGAGGAAAAGAAAAAGAAAAGAGAAUAUGAGAAAAUAAAAAUUUUCUUUGUACAGUUCCAAAUCAAAACGAAAAGAAAAUAAGAGAAAGAAAGAAAAAAUUGUUGUAGCUAUUAUUAUUAUUACUAUUAUUAUUAUUAUUAUUAUAUUAUUAUUAUUAUUAUUAUUAUUAUUAUUAUUAUUAUUAUUAUUAUUAUUAUUUGCAUAGAUAAAAAAUGUAGCCAGAAAUUAAAUAAACCGGGAGCCCUCUUGUGUUAUUAUUAUUAUUAUUAUUAUUAUAUUAUACAUAUAUAUAUAUACACACAUAUAUAUAUAUGUAUGUAUAUAUAUAAAGAAAAAGGAUAUAAAAACAAACAACAAUCUUACUCUGUACAUACUUAUAUAAUACUAUUAUUAUUACGAUAAUAAUAAUAAUAAUUAAUUAUUAAUAAUAAUUAUUUACCUGCCUAUAUUAUUGUGACUUUAUUAUUGCUAUAUUUGGAAAUAUAUAUAUAUAUAUAUGUAUGUAUGUGUGUAUGUAUGUAUAUGUAUGUAUGUAUAUAUAGGUAUAUUGUGAGUAAUAUUACAAGGGGAGAAAUUUUUCAGACACACAUACACACAUACACAUGCAUUUUCAUUAUAUUUGCUAUUUCGCACGCGAUAAGUGAAUACAUACAUACAUAAUGAGAAAGAAAGAGAGAGAGAGAGUGAAUGUGUUACACAAAAGUAUAUUACAUGAUAUAUAUAUAUAUAUGUAUAUAUAUAUAUGUGUGUGUAUGUAUGUAUAUUAUAUAUGCCAGUGCUGUAUCAUAGAAAACUCUGAGUGUAAUUUUAUCCUCGAUUUUAAAUUCUUUUUUUUAUAUUUUCUUCCUUUUCUUUUUUCUUCUCUUUUGCUCUUUAACCUAUUUAAAUGAUUAGUAUAAUAAAUGAGAUAAGAUUAGAUUAGAUAAGAGAUAAGGUAUAAUAGAAGUAACAUUGUGGAUGUGUUUUUCAAAAAUUCGACAUAUUUUUGAAAUACAUUCUCUAUAAUAUAAUAUAUACAUAUAUAUAUAUAUAUAUAUAUGAUAUAUAUGUAUAUAUGUGUAUACACACAUACACACAGUCAGCUUGUAAAAGUGACAUUUUUUUAGAGCUGGUAACAUUAGAAUUUUAAAAAAUUCGGAAGUACUAAUUAUAAUAAUAAUAAUAAUAAUAAUAAUAAUAAUAAUAAUAAUAAUAAUAAUGAUAAUGAUAAUAUAUAUAUAUAUUAUAAUAUAUAUAUAAACCAGCAUAAAAUAAAAUAUAUAAUAAUAAUUAGAAAUUCUUAAGAAUACGUUUCCGUCGACGUGUAAACGCUGCCACAAUUUAAUUAUAUAUGUUGAUAAUUGAGAGAGAGAGAGAGAGAGAGAGAGAGAGAGAACUUGAAUGAAAGAAUGAAUGAAUGAAUGAAUGAAUCAAUGAAUCAAUGAAUCAAUGAAUGAAAUGGAAUGAUGAAUGAGAAAAGAAAAAAUGAAUGAAAGUUAUCGUCAUAUGUAAUUUACUAGAGUUACACUGUAGUGUGUGUCUGUAUGUGUGUGUGUGUGUGUGUGUGUAUACAUAACACAGAAUGCAUGUAAAUAGAACAUGAAUUACAUAUAAAAAAAUUACAUAUAAAUUACAUUAAAAAAAAGAUACAUGCAAUAUUCAGUACACGUAUUCGUCAUUGAUUAAAAAAAAAAAAAGAAAAAAAAAAAGAAAUGUUUUUUCUUUUUUUUGCACGGUCGGUAAGGAAGAAAACUUCGGAAAAAAAAUUGAGAAUGUGACGUCAUUAAAGAGAGGCUCCAUUAAGGUUAGCGGUCGACCUUGGUUUCGGGGAGCUACUCCUCCUGUUCCCUAUUUACAGCCUAACUCCUUACCACUUCCAAAAUUUCAUAUAUUUGAAGAAUCAUCGCGUUGAUAGGUAGAAAAAAGAAUGAAAAUUAAAAAGAAAAAAGGAAAGUAAUAAAAAAGAUAAUUUGUUACUUUUGAGACUGCAGUUCGACGCCAUGUUUCUUUAAAAUUAUCCUCUUGUUCAUCUCUCUUCUUUUUUCUUUUUUAUUUUUUUUACAUCGAAUAUGUUAAUAAUAUGAUAAGAAAGAUGGAACUAUAUAUAUACACACACACAUAUAUAUAUAUGUAUGUAUAAAGCGACGACACAUUCCAAAUCGAUUUUUUUCUUUUUUUUUUUUAAAUUAAUCUUUCUAAUUUAUUUGAAUUUCGGUUUAAUGAAAGAUGAUAAUACGUGACCGGAUGCAUUUGUAAUGAAUUUUUUAAAAGUCGGGUCGAUCAUCAAAAUGGAGGCGUGUACGCGCCAUUUUUAAACGAAUAAUAAAUGGACGAUAAAGAUAUUCAAAAUGGAGGAUAAAUGAAAAAGAGAGAGAAUGUGCGAGAGAGACAGAGAGAAUGUAAGAAUGAAAGAUUGAGAUAGUUUUAUUAAAUAAAUGGUUUUAUUAUAUAUAUAUAAUAAAACAAAUAAUAAUAAUAACGACAAAAACCUAAGGGUAUUUGGCUUAGUAUGGCUGUGUUUUUUGAGAAGAGGGAUGAGGAGGCAGUGUUGUAAAUUUGAAAAAAGAGAUAAACGUGGCGUGUACCUUUUGUUCUAUUAAGUUCUGUCUAAAAAAAAAGGAAGAAAAAAAACAAAAAACGAAACAAUUCGAAAGCUGCGCGCGCACGAAUAUUCACAAUACGAGGAAAAAGACAAAAAAAGAAAGAAAAAAAAAUAAUGAAACAAAAAAUUCUUUUUUUUUUUUUUCAAAAAUUAAAGAAUCUUCUUUUGAUCUCUGGUCCGACAUUUUAUGUCUCACUCUCUCUAAGAAGAUUCACGAGUCAUAAUUUUAUUUAUUCAUUUCUUUUUAAAUUUAUAUAUAUAUAUAUAUAUAUAUAUAUAUAUAUAUGCGUGCGUGUGUGUGUACGUGUGUAUAAUUUUUCUUUCCGCAAAUAUUCGAAUUUUUCC